ACCAUUGAAUCUCUCUCUCUCUCUCUCUCUCUCUCUCUCUCUCUCUCUCUCAAAGAACCAACCCAGAAGAAUCAGUUUUAGAGGCCAAAAAGAGAAAAGAAAGUGUUAAGGAAUGGAGGGACUGAUUCCAUUUGUGUACAGGGCAAUUGUGCAGUACAGGAAUGGGAACCAAGGGCCGCUCGCCACGUGGUUCCCCGAAUCUCCGUCCGCUUCAUACAUGAGGCUUCCCGGUGAUUCGGGUCGGUUUCAAGCCUCGGAUCUCCAUUUCUUCCGGCCCGACUGCGGUUUCAUCAACGCGACGUUGCCUUCGGCAGCAACCAGCACGGCAACGACGGUGACCUCGACCACACAAGUGCUCGUGUCAUCUGGCGUUCAGUCGCCGGUCUGUCGUUUAACCAACCGCCGCAUGGUCGCAUGAAGAAAAAGAAGAAGAAGAAGAAAAUUCAUGCAAAAUCGAAGAUGUUGCAAGACGAGUGUGGAGUACAGGGUUGUCAAGAAAAUUGUGCAUAGUUUCUUUGGUAUGGUUUGGUGAUUUUUCCUUUUUUAUUUUGUGUCAUAAGCUAAGUAUUGUGGAAACCAAAGGGGCCACAUGCUUGGUUACUUUCUCUUGUUGUCUUAAUUACUGUGGAUUGUGAAGGUAAUCAAAGACGAAAGAAAGAAAAAGGAAGACAGAAACAUAAGGCUUGUAGAUACAACUCUUAAGGUUCGAGGAAAAGGUUCGUACAAUGGCCGAAGGGCCAGCAUGUCAUAUGUGACUACUCAACUAUCUAUUAAUAACUAUUCUUAUUGUCUUGUCGUUUUUGGAUGCUUA